AUGCCAUGUCGUCUUCACUUUCCGCCUGAAGCAGAAGCUUACCGGGCGGAUUUCGGAUCCGGCGGUAGGAAACGCCUGGGUGUCGUCAUUGUGUGGACCACCCAGGGGACAGCAAUGCGAAGGCAAGCAAUGGUAGCUCGCUGCCCAAACAGAACCAGAAGAGGAGCUAGUACGCGAGCGUACCGCGGCCUCGGCUUAAAGCAGGAGAAGGAAUGGGGGAUAUUCUCAAUGCUAGCAGUAACCAGUCUCGUGAUUACAACCGAACUGAAGAAAUCAAAAUUGCUCGAUGGUUCUUCUUUAGAAGUUGUUACUUCAACAAUUUUGUUCAGCAUCUUCGGAAUGAGUGUCAUAUUAAAUAUUAUGCUCCUCUUUGCUGGCUGUCAGAAAGAUGUGUUGAUGCUGCGAUUGUAUCUGUACUACGGAGUGGUGACUACACUGGCUGCUCUGGUGCCCACAUUCAUCCUGGCGUCCCGAAUGAUGACGUACGAUGUGUGCGUGGCUUUAUUUGCUAUAUGUAUGCAAUGGUACGUCAUCAUUCUAGUACGAAGUGAGAUUGUGAAGCUGGAACAAGCAAGUUUGAGGGCAGAAAACAGCAGCCUAGUCCAUGAAGUUACCAUCGAUGUGCCCGACAGAGAAACCUUACUUUAA